GAAAAUGACGUACAAAUGUGUGUCGUCAAAGGAAAGGAUGAGGAGAGUUGUCAAAACUACAUUCGAGUGCUGGUGUCGCUCGGCACGGGAAGGCUACUGGUCUGCGGCACCAACAGCUUUAAACCAUUCUGCAGAGAGUACGGUGUGCAAAGAGAUUCCUAUCAUAUGGAAAAGGAGAAGUCUGGCCAGGCGGUCUGUCCGUACGACCCUGAACAUAACUCCACUGCUGUUUACGCUGAUGGAGAACUGUAUUCAGGAACGGUAGCCGACUUCAGCGGCAUGGAGCCCAUCAUCUACAGAGAGCCAUUACAAACAGAACCGUACGACUCUAUGACUUUGAAUGCUCCUGAUUUCGUGAAUUCAUUAGUACACGGAAACUUCGUCUACUUUUUCUUUCGGGAAACUGCUGUCGAAUACAUCAACUGUGGAAAAGCGGUGUUUUCUCGAGUUGCUCGGGUGUGUCGCGACGACCGCGGCGGACCGCACCGGUUCAAACAACGCUGGACGUCGUUCCUAAAGUCGAGACUCAACUGCUCCGUUGCAGGGGAUUUCCCUUUCUACUUCAAUGAAAUACAAUCAACAACAGAACUAAUUGAAGGCGUCUACGGUGGCCUCAAUGCACAGUUAAUUUACGGCACGUUCACAACUCCUCCAAACAGUAUAUCGGGGAGUGCCGUCUGUGCGUUCAGUAUGCAAGAUAUCGCAGAUACGUUCGAAGGAACUUUUAAGGAGCAAAGUGCGAUCAACUCUAAUUGGCUGCCAGUAAAUAGUGCAAAGGUACCAGAACCUCGACCGGGUACUUGCCACAAUGAUUCAAGGCAGUUGCCAGAUCAAACGUUGAACUUUAUCAAAACUCACGCUUUAAUGGAUGAAUCAGUGCCAGCUUUCUUUGGAGAACCAAUAGUUAUAAGAACCAGUUUUCAUUAUCGAUUUACACAAAUCGCUGUAGAUCCUCAAGUAAAAACUCCUGGUGGAAAAGCGUAUGAUGUUCUAUUUAUUGGGACAGAUAAUGGCAAAAUCAUCAAAGCAAUAAACGCAGUAUCUUACGAUUCGAACAAGCGAGCGGUACCAGUUGUUAUUGAAGAGUUACAAGCGUUCGCCGCUGGUUCUCCUGUUAGAGCUCUAAGGGUAGCCAGAGCUGGCCGAGACGCUGCGAGGCUCAUCGCUGUAUCAGAUAGAGAAGUCCUUAGUCUGAGAUUGCAUCGGUGUUCAAGUGACAAGAUAAGCUCUUGCUCGGAAUGCGUAGCGCUUCAAGAUCCAUACUGCGCUUGGGACAAACAAGCUGGUAGAUGUCGCGCUUAUUCACACGGUGUCAGCCGUUGGCUCGAUGAGAAUUCGUUCUACCAAAGCGUCAGCACAGGAAGCCAUGCUGCCUGUCCACAUAGUAAAGACGCUGGAGCUGUAGGGGGGCUGAGCUCUGGUUUAUAUGACGAUGCAAGAGGUGAAAACAAGGGGGAAGUAAUCAACAUUGUUCAAGAUAAGGACGGCAAGGGAAACAAUAAUAAUAAUGAAGGUCCAGAAGUGCUACAAGCAGAUCCCCCUCCCGCCGCCUAUUCAGUAGAAACACUAGCGCUGGCAGUCGCAGCCGGGGCUCUGGCGGCGCUGGGCGCUGGGUUUGCUGCUGGUUAUAUUUGUGGACGGCGUUGCAAGAAGGACGAUGAUGAUAACAUGCCGUACCCUGAUACGGAAUACGAGUACUUUGAGCAACGACAGAAUAUUAACAGGAUUCAAGCAGAACCGAAGUUACUGCAACAAGUAGAGGAAGUCACAUACGCGGAGCCAGUGCUAGCCCCACAGCCCAAGCCCGCGUCCCCACGUGCCACACUGCGCAAGCACCCACCAUACCACCCCCACCACGAAACACUCUUCCAGUUCCAACCCGACUCGUACCGCCGGGAUAACUUCGGGACGCUUCGCUCCCACCAGGGCGAUGGGUACCGGCGUGGGAACGACAAUGGCUUCUCGACCACGCGCUCAGUGAAAAAAGUGUAUCUCUGA